AUGGAGCUCAAGCUUGAUAUGUCGAAGGCCUAUGACCGGUUGGAAUGGGAGUUCAUCAUUGGUUUUUUGAGAUCCAUGGGGUUUCUAGAGCCUCUUAUUUUGGAAGCUUAUCGUGACAAGAAGUUACACGGUGUUAGGGUGGCUAGGAAAACACCUAUUAUUUCCUACCUCUUCUUUUCCAAUGAUAGCCUACUUUUUGCUCGUUCUAACUUGGAUGAUGUUAAAGAUAUGAUUCGUAAUAUGACGAAGCUAAAGACAGUGAUGCGACACUCCAGGUAUCUCGGGAUCCCGAUGGUUUUUAGUCGUUCUAAGAAGGAAAUAUUUAGCCUUGUGAUUGAGAGGGUGUGGAAGAAAUUAAAAGGUUGGAAGGAGAAGUUUUUGUCUAGAGCGGGGAAAGAAGUGUUAAUCAAGGUCAUUGCUCAAGCUAUUCCUAGCUACAUCAUAAGUUGUUAUAAGUUGUCUGAAGGGAGGCUUCAGUCUGGUGAGGAUUCCCUUCUAGCUAGAGUUCUAAAAGGCAGGUAUUUUCCUAAUUGUUAUAUACUUGACACUGAAGUUGGAUUCUCUCUAAGCGAUGCCUGGAGAAGCAUUAUGUCUGCUAAAGAUUUAAUUAUUAGGGGCUCUCGUUGGAGGAUUGGAAGGGGUUACAAGGUUAUAGUGUGGAAAGAUAAUUUGUUGCCUGGUUUUGUUGUUUUCAAUGGCCAAAGAUUAGAUGAUGGGUUUGAGGAGGAUGUGAAAGUUAGUGAGCUAAUUUAUUUUGACCUUUGCAGGUGGAGAGAUGACAUUAUACAUUCUUACUUUGAUUCUGAGGUGGUGCCUCAAAUCCUAAGCAUUCCCCUUUCGAGGCGCUGUCCCUCUGACGAGUUAUUUUGUUUAAGUGAAAAGAAUGACAACUUCUCUGUUUGGUUAGCUUACCAUUUUCUCCAUCAAAGGAAAUUAAACCAGAGAGCUACCCUCAAACCAUCCUUCCACGCCUCUGUGGAAAAAUAUGUGGCACUGUCAUUUGCACCAUCGUGUAAGAAUUUCAUUUGGAGGAUUGCAAAGAAUAUUUUCCCUACAAAGUCAAACCUUCAAAGGAAAGGUAUAGCCCUUGAUCCCUUAUGUCCCUUUUCUGAGGAACUAACUCAUGUGUUCGGUGUUGUGGAAGAUUUAGAAUGCACGAAAUCUCUAUCAUUUCCAAUCAAAAACUACUAA